AUGCAGCGAGUUUUCAAGCAUUCAUUAAAGCGAUCGUACCAUAGCGAUGUGGUGCAGGAGAUAUCACAACAGCUCGCACACGACAAGGAGGACUUGGUCAUUGACAAGCGCGUUGCCGUUAUGCGCAAUCGAAGUGUCACAUGGAUGUGGGACACAUUCAAAACUGUGGGGAAACCCAUCAUUGUAAAGAAGGCAUUCGAGAUGUGUCGCAUUCGCGAAUUUAACUUGUCAUACGAGAGCCUUACUGGCUUUGCUGCACGAGACAAGUUGUGA